GAAAGAGCAGGAGUUAGAGGCUGGGAAGAGUGUGGAGUGCCAUUCCAGAAGGGAUGUAACCGAAUGAGAGAGGGAGAGACAGGCAGAGAGAGGAGAGACAGAGAGAGAGAGAGAAAGAGGCAGGGGAAGAGAAGGAGGAGGAGAAGAAGAAGAAGAAGAAGAAGAAGAAGAAGAAGAGUAGAACACGAAUAAGCAGGAUAUGAAGAGGAAAUGCUCGGCAGGAUUGCAUUGCACUGAUGGUCAGAGCAGGCGCUUUUCCAAGGAACAUCUAAAAGUGAAGAGCUGCAAGAUAUGAUCCAGCCACAUCUCACAGUGGGGUGACAGUACUAUGAUUUGGUAUGUGGCCACUUUGCUAGCGGGUGUAAUCAGCACAAGAGGUUCGGCAGCUCAAGGCGCUCGCAGUUCAAGGGAGGAGCCUCAGUUUGUGACUGCCCGUGCUGGUGACAGCGUGAUUCUAGGAUGUGACGUGGUGCACCCAGUGUCAGGACAGCAACCCCCUUAUGUAGUAGAGUGGUUUAAGUUUGGAGUUCCCAUCCCAAUAUUCAUCAAGUUUGGCUUCUAUCCCCCUCAUGUGGAUCCUGAAUAUGCAGGUCGGGCCAGUCUAUAUGACAAGGCAUCGUUGCGAAUCGACCAGCUUCACUCAGAGGACCAGGGAUGGUAUGAGUGUAAGGUGCUUAUGUUGGACCAGCAAUACGACACAUUCCACAAUGGCAGCUGGGUAUACGUCACAGUGAAUGCUCCCCCUACAUUCACGGAAACUCCUCCCGUCUAUGUGAGAGCCAAGGAAGGAAGCAGCAUCACCCUCACAUGCACAGCAUUCGGGAACCCCAAACCUGUUGUGAGCUGGCUGCGAGACAAUGUGUUGCUUGAGACCACUCGGAAAUACACGGUGAGUGAUGGAAGUCUUACCGUUUCCUCAGUGGGCCGAAGUGACCGUGGUCCUUACACCUGCCGAGCUUACAGUAUUCAGGGAGAGGCCGUCCACACAUCUCGCUUGGUCGUUCAAGGUCCACCUUUUAUCAUCUCUCCUCCAGAAAAUAUAACAGUGAACAUAUCCCAAGAUGCCUUCUUCACCUGCCAGGCAGAAGCAUGUCCCGAAAACCUAACUUACACCUGGCUCUGGGAGGAUGAAAAUGUCUUCUUCAAGAGUGACCUGAACCUGAGGGUGCGGAUUUUCGUUGAUGGAAUGUUGAUCAUCUUCCGAGUCAAGCCUGAAGAUGCUGGGAAGUACACUUGUGUACCUAGCAACAGUUUUGGGCAUUCUCCUUCAGCCUCGAGUUACUUGACAGUUCAGUAUCCAGCACGAGUUGUCAAUAUGCCUCCCGUCAUUUAUCUGCCAGUUGGAAUGCCCGGAUAUAUCAAGUGCCCAGUGGAUGCAAAUCCUCCAGCAACACAGGUCAAGUGGACUAAAGAUGGACGGCCACUGAAGAUUGAAAAGUUUCAUGGUUGGAGUUUGCGGAAUGAUGGGACCAUUGCUCUGGAGGAAUCCACAGAAGAAGCUCUGGGCACUUACACCUGCAUGCCUUACAAUGCUCUUGGUACCAUGGGCCAAUCUAGCCCUGCUCGACUGGUGCUUAAGGAUCCCCCUUACUUUACGGUGCUACCAGGCUGGGAAUAUCGGCAGGAGGUCGGUCGAGAACUGGUCAUUCCAUGUGCUGCUGCAGGUGAUCCAUUCCCUGUAAUCUCCUGGAGGAAGGUAGGGAAGCCCAGUAAAAGCAAGCACAACAUCCUUCCAAGCGGCAGCCUCCAAUUCAAAGCUCUCAGCAAAGAGGACCACGGACAAUGGGAAUGUGUUGCCACUAAUGUGGUCACAAGCAUCACUGCCAGCGCACAUCUAACUGUAAUCGGCACAAGUCCACAUGCUCCAAACAAUGUUCGAGUGACAGCCACAAUGACCUCUGCUAAUGCCACCUGGGACCCCGGUUACGAUGGUGGUUAUGAGCAGACAUUCACAGUCUGGGUAAAGAGGGCUAUGCUGGGACCCCAUGACUGGCUUUCGUUGCCUGUAUCCACAGGCCUUACCUGGCUGUUGGUGGAGGGCCUGGAGGCUGAGACUGCAUAUCAGUUCAGUGUGCUAGCACAGAAUAAACUUGGCACAGGGCCCUUCAGCGAAGUCGUCACUGUGAACACACUGGCUUUCCCUAUAACCACCCGAGAACCACUGGUGCUGCUUUCUCCACCAAGGUGCCUAACAGCCAAUCGAACACACCAAGGAGUAUUGCUGUCUUGGCUUACACCAGCCAACCAUAGCUAUCCGAUCAGCCAUUAUAUCAUGGAGUUCCGUCUUGGAGAACGGUGGGAGAUUUUAGAUGAAGCAAUACCAGGCACUGAAACCGAAUUGCUGACCAAGGAGUUAUCUCUGGACUCCUGGUAUGAAUUCCGUGUAAUGGCUGUCAUGCAGGACCUGAUCAGUGAGCCAAGCAACGUAGUCGGGGUUUCUAGCUCAGACAUCUUUUCACCGCCUGAGGUGCUGGAGGAAGGCUUGGCGCGUCCAGUUGUGGCUGGGAUUGUCGCCACCAUUUGUUUCCUGGCUGCAGCCAUUUUAUUCAGCACUCUGGCUGCAUGCUUUGUGAACAGGCAGAGGAAGCGGAAAAAUAAGAGAAAGAGGGAUCCUCCUCUCUCAAUAACACACUGCCGAAAGAGUGUGGAAUCCCCAUCUUCCUCAGGAAAGGUGAGUCCUGAAAGCGUCAGGACACUCCGAGCUCCAUCAGACUCCUCUGAAGAUGCUCAAGCCAUACAUGCCAAGAUGAUGAGUCCUGGCAGGGAAAGGGAAAUGUCCUUGUACAAAAAGACAAAGCGAGCAAUAACCAGCAAGAAGUACAGUGUCUCCAAGCAUGAGGCUGAGGCUGAUGUCACUACCCCCAUCGAGCUAAUCAGCAGAGGCCCGGAUGGACGCUUCAUUAUGGACCACACAGGGAUGGAGAUAUCAUUGAAGACGAGGAGGAUUGAGGGCUUCCCCUUUGCAGAAGAGACGGAAACGUAUCCUGAAUUCCGGCAGUCCGAUGAGGAAAACAAUGACACAUUAACUCCUACUGCCAUUAUGUGCUUGAAGUCUCAGCUUUCACCUCUUUCAUCCAGUCAAGACUCAUACUUACAGCCACCAGCAUACACCCCGUCAUUCCAGAAUGCAGACGAAUGCAUGGGAAGCUUAGAUGCCAGGCUACAGGCCACCGGUCAGACCAGGAGACUUGCUAAAGGUUACCCUCACAGCCAGUUUUAUGGCUACCUCAGCAGUAGCUCAGCAGACCAAGAUGGUCAGCCAUUUUACAUGCCAGAUAUCAGUCCCCUCAGUUCAAUGAUGUCUUCACCUCUAUUACUUGCUGAAGGACCCUAUGGUCAUCCCACCCUCCCUGCAGAUCACAGCGACCCUGAUGGACAGCAUUUGGUCACUUCCAGCAGCACCCUGCCUUUGACUCACACGCCAACCACUAUGGGGUCUCCUGAGCCAUGGAGAAGGAAGAAAUUGUCUAUCAGCAGCAUUGAGAGCUCUCCAGUUAUGUUCUCACACCAUCAAGAUACACCUGAGAGUACACUGCCAAAGGCUGGUCUUCCGAGGGGUGGGCCCCCAUCCUCACUCCAGGUCUCAGCACCGUACCACAGUGUGCUGUAUCUGGAGGCACCAAAGUGUCAGACUGGCAAAGCUUCCAGUAAAUCUAAAGGAUCUGCCUCUCUCUCUCAAAGACAUCCGCAUCAACCUAUGCAAGAGACCAGCCACGGGCAGCUAAAGCAUACCAGCCAUGGUAUAAGUGCACCCACAUUGCCUUACACUGAAUCAGCCAGACAGGCUGUUGCCAGUGGCACAAGCACAUUCAGUCUGGACAGCAGGUGGUACGAACCAAGACCCAGGCCCAGACCUAGCCCUAGGCAAGGCAGAAGGACUGAGGCCAGUUUACACCAGGUGGUUCUACAGCCUUCUCGGCUCUCCCCUUUGAGUCAGAGUCCUCUGAGUUCCCAUCACGCCUCCCCAGAGAUCUCCUCCCGCCCUCGACCACGACCCAGUGUCAUGCAGCCCUCCCGAGGCAUCUUUCCUGCAGGUAUCUCUGUGGAGAUGUCAGAAAUCACCCUUCAGCCUCCUGCUGUUGUUAGCUUAUCCAGAAGGUCCUCUCCAUCCUCCUCACCAGCACAAAGCAGCACUGCUGGCCAGGGCAGCAGACGAGGAAGCCCCAGUUAUAGACCUCACAUGGCACUGACACCUUCGACAGGCAGCUACACGGGAUCCCUCUCUCCUGCAACAGGCCACAGCGAGUUUUAUAGUCAGAUCCCUUCCCAAAGGUGGAGAGGUGAAGACAUUCCUCCUUUUGAACACCCACCUUCACACUUAUCUACUUCAGGGUAGGUAUUUGAUAAAGAAUGUUGAACCAGAUCAGUUGGAAAGCCAACUUCCAUGCCACUAAAAGUAUUAUUGGUUUAUUGUGAAUUCCUGUCUUCCAGAAUAGUUGCCUUUUUCUUUCAAGCGUGCAUAAAUCUUGACAGUGUUUCGGACCAUUUAUAGAGCUGAAAGGACAUCUAAAAAUAGACUAGUGAUGCCACAGCUGCAUAAGAUUCUAAAUAUGGUAUUGGAGUGAAUAUAAACGUAAAUUAUUGGAAUAAUGUUGUCAACCUCUUGGGCAAAAUUCACACGUAAUAUGUGUCAGGAUUUGAAGCACUCAAUGAAAGGAAACGGUUGUAUAGAUCAUUUCACUGACAACCUGAAGCAACGCCCAGUGUUUAUGGCAUUAAUACCUUAGAAGGAAUGGGCUAGUUACUGAUCUCAAAGAAACCUGGACAUAAAUAUCUCGGAAUCUCUGAGACACAAUUUUAGCCUCUGCUGGCAUCAGUUGCUGUUCGACAACACCUCUGGGAGAUUUGUGGUACCUGGCCAUAGUGAUUUCAUCACUGAAUAGCCACUCACCUAACUAAAACCCCACAUAGCAAACCGGAAAGUGGAAAACCCAAAUGCCAAGAAAUUCAGCCUUGGACAGUCGCCUCAAAUGCAUCAUAUAGUAGCAUCCGCACAUUGCACCCUGCCUCAAAAUUCAUUCAAUUGAAUAAAAGAGAUUACAUUUCGCAAGCAAAAAUGAACCACAUAGCCACCACUAUAUAGCAAAUGUCACCAUCCUGAUUGGGGAUGGCUUAUUGGCAAUAACGUUUGAUUAAUUUAGUGACCUUCCCUGCAAGAUUUCAAACUUUAUUUCACACUUUAUAAAUCAAAAAAAAUAAAAUAUUCAACUUUAUAUAUAAUUUUAAAUAGUUUGCAAUUUUACCGGAGGGACUGACAUACCAUGUGAAAUAAUACAGUUUUUUUUAAGGUUGUUAGGCAACAUUUAUGCCUUGAGACUGCAAUAAAACUCAGUUACUUCUCAAGUAAUAAAAAGGCUGAGUAUCUUCAGUUUUUCCACAGUGGGAAUAGUCAGGAAAUAUCUUCAAAACAGUGCAGGAUGAGGGGGAGCAGGGAAUCACUUAAAGCAGCUUCAGUGUUAUAGUGACUAAUGUCACCUAGGGAGUGCUCUCAGAUGUCCUUCAUGAAAAGUUUCUGGGUUGAAGAUAUUGCUCAGAUAUUGCAGCAUUAAUUGCAUAUAAGUCCCAUGUAAUUAGUGUCACCAUAAUAAUUGGUGAUAGGUCAUCAUUGAAAUCACCAUCAGUUUUGAUUACAUUCUGUGUUUUUACUUUCUUGUGAAUGUUAACGAUCCUAGAAAUUACUGUUUGCCACAUUAACCUAAGAACAUCAUGUACACUCCACUGACAUCCACCUUUUACCAUUUUAACAGAGGCAAGAAUUCAUUUGUUUCAAAUCAGUUGGCAUAUCUCAUGCAAUAGAAAUUUAAUGUAAAGAUCUUAAGCACUUGUGCACCAAACUUGCAAAUAGACAUUUCUAAUCUAAUGAUAAUUUCCAGCAUAUACAAAUCAAACCAUACCAAAUCAAUGUAAAAUAUGAUGUGGCUUCUUGCAAAAGGCUAAAUUAUUCAUGUCUUGUUUUACAAAUGGAAGUGUAUUUGCAAUGUGAAAAGUGGCUGAGAUGUCUCCUAAAGCUAAUCCAAGAACUUUUCCCAAAUGAAUUGGAAGUGAAUCAGUAUGUCUCCUCGUUUUACCCCCCCAACAAAUACACCUUUCCUUUUAGAGUGAAACGUGAUAUUUGCUUUUUAAUUAAUCUUAAGGUCACCUUAAAUGUGUUUUUUUUUUAAUAUAGCUCCAUAUUCCUUUUGUUCUCAUUUCCAACAUAGUAAGAAUAUUCAGAUCCAAACUUCCUUAGCAAUUAACUUCUAUAGGUGCAGUAGAGGCUUUGAUGAUGAGUUACACGGUUGCCAUCCAGUCCAUUGGCCCCAUGCAUUUAGGUGCAAACCAUUCACAUUUGCCUAGCCUUUUGGGAACAAUUGUACAUUUCAGCCAAGCAUUUUCAUCUGCACGAAAGAAAGGAAAUGAUAUGAUCAGAAUUUCUUCACUGCACAUAGAUUACUGUUUGAUGUUUUGAAAGUAAAAUUCUGGUGCUCAUGAAGAACUGAGGUAACCCAAAGAAGACUAGAAGAGGAAACAUGAGUGUCAACAUAGUCAAAGCCUUCCUUUAUUGACCAUAUGCCAGAAUACCAGCUAAUCACUAGAGUUUGCAAAUUAGUGAUCAUUUGGAGGAAUUCAUACUUGCAGCCAAGAUGUAAUGGCCACAGAAGAUCUUGUUGCAAUCAUCCAAUGUUAAGUACUAGGAUGGUCACAUCUUUUCCCUGUGCUACAAUUUACAGUUUUACCAUUUGAUCUGGCCCAUUAACGUAGAUUCUGCUGGUGCCUGCAAAAUUUGCAGGCAAUUUAUAAUGAAUUCAGCAUUCCAUAGAAGAUCAGAUAUUCAUGGUUUUAACUCAGUUUUGUAUAUGCUGGUAUGACAGAGCAGGACAUGUCUGUCUGACUACAUAUAGAGGACAGGUAACGGGAAAACUCUCCAUGAAUGGCAGAUCUAUUGAUCUUUUUGUGUUUUUACUCUCAUCUUCUACCAGCCAAGGAAGGCUCUUAUGAACCUGAGUUGAUUCAGACAAUUUCCAGAAAGCUACUGCCAUAGUUUCUAGAAAUGUCAUCUGUUUCCUUCAAAGAGAGUAUUUGACUAACAUUGAAUCCCAGAUGCAACUUUCAAACCAAGUGCUGUGAAAGUUGGGAUAGAAAGUACAGCUCCAAAUCUACAACUGUUUGUCCUACAUUAUCUCAUGUUGGCAUGAAUUAGUUCAUGGUGACCUAUUCCCAGUACUGAUAGGAGACUAUAUAUUUAUAUGGAGAAGUAUGUAUGCAUUGUUUCUUUUUUUUUUCUAAUGUUCCAAGGCUUCUUGAAACUGGAAAAUACAUGUCUAAUGCAUCAUUUAUUAGUUCAGUGAUCCUGUAUCAAGAGAAAAAGACCCAAAGUGUAGUUUAGUAGCAGCACUUUUCUCAGGCGGGCUUAGUGUUCAAGUCUAGGUUUGCAUAAAUAGGAGUAGUAUGGCUGAUAUAACAUGUGUACAAAGGAAGUGUACACAUGAUUAUAUAAAUGACUAGAUUAAAUACACUGUUAAAUGUUUAGUGUAUCUAGAUUUGGUGUCAAGACUUCUUUUUUCCAUUUCAAAUUGUGUAUUUGCUGAGCAGGUUCCAAUUCUAGUAUCUAAUCGGAAACUAAUGAUGUCAAAUCAUAACUUCAGCCCUGAUAAUUAUAAAACUUUAUAUUUCACUUUUCCUGAAACAAAUAAAAACAACAAUCCCUUGAAUUUAUUUUUGUAUCUCGUGAUCAGUCAAUGAACUUUACCUAAAACACUUGUUAGAUUUUUUGUAAAUUUUGAAAGAUGAUUAGAUGACCUAUUAAUUAUUAUUAUUUACAUAAUUUUUCAGUAUUACUAGAAUUGAUUAAAAAAAACAUAGGAUUCUAUUAAUAUUUAAAUUUUCUACAUGGGCUGAUUCUGGAUACAGAUAAUAAAUUUGAUGCAAACAAGCAAUACUCCUGCAGCAAAAAUACUUAUUUAGACUUAUUUAGUGGAACUUGGGAUCCCACCUCAAAUUUUCCUAAUCACAUGAAUGUUGAAUGAUCUUAAAUGAUGUGCAUCUUCUAAAUUUCUGCCUAUUCAACUUGCACAUAUAUUUUCAUGUCAUCUAAUUUUAGUACAGUGUUUGUUCAUUUUCUCCCAUCUUUAUUCAUCUUCUUCCAUCUGGAGUGGCAAUUGUUAUAAUAAAAUAAUCC